AUGUCGGACGCAAACGGACGGAAGAGAAAGCGGGAUCUGGAUCGCCCAUCCAAGUCCAAGAAUAAGCUGGCCACCGAGCUCUCCAUAGUAUCCGUUUCCUCGGUCCUGAGGCCUCAACUCUGCCCGCCUGUCAUAGCGUCUGCUCCUGGAGUUCGGUUACCUAGAAGCGUCCCCUUCAGCCCGUACGUCAAACAAGAUAUUUCCUCUAGCAAACGGCGGCAGAAAGUCCCCGCAGUGUCACAGGAUCUCGUCCUGCACUCUACCAGUCACCAGACCAUGGACUACACGGCGAGAGAAGACGGCAUCAGCGACAGCCAACAGGCUCUAAAGCACUACGUCGGCAUUUAUGACCCCAACACGGGUGCGCUGCAGGUGGUAGAAGCGAAGAAGAUGGUGGUUCGUGGUGUGGCUAGGGCUAAGCAUGCCUCUGAGGAGGCCAUGAGAGCACCUGCAGAUAACCAAAGUUACUACGACCAAAAGAAGGAUCUCGGUCAGACAUUCGGUACCAAGAAGGCCAAGAAAGCCAUCGAGUCCGUCGCUCUCAAUGCCAUCGACCCCAACAAGAGCAGGGACAGCGCGCCGAAGAAGCUCGACGCCGCCUCCAAGGCCAUCAUGCAGGAGAUCGGCGGUGUCACAGCGAACAUGACCUCGCGCGAGCAGUUGCAGGCGGCCGUCGACAAGGCCAAGCCCGUGCCCAGGCCCAACCUCGAAGCCGAAGCCAUCCAGGACGUUUACGACCCCGACGAGUUCAUUGGCCGCGAGGUACUUGCGGCCGUACCCAUCAAAGACUGGGUUGAGCCGACCAAGAGUGGUGAGGAGGUCCUGUGCUACUCACGGCAUGUGGCGGCGCGGGUUAAGAAGGUGGCCGACUCGGGCAGCGUGUCCAAGAUGCGGCUGCUGCGCUACUUCUACUUCCUCUUCACCUUCUACACGAUGGCGACGCCGGGCAAGCAGCGCGGCACGAAGCGCAUCCCGCCGCGCGACAAGCUCAAGGAGCGGCUGUCGCCGGCGCCUCAGGUUGUCAUUGAGCACAUCCGGCGCAAGUUCUCGGACGGCGGCGAGAUGCGUAAGUUCCACAUGGACAUGCUCAUUACGCAUUGCUGCGCGCUCGCGUGCAUCAUCGACAACUUCGAGGUUGACACCUCACUGCUGCGGCAGGACAUGCGCCUCGACCAGAAGGAAAUGAACAACUACUUUUACGAGAUCGGCGCAAAGGUCAAGCAGGUCGCCACCAAGGAGCCGGGCAAGGCCGCGCACGUCGCCAAGCUCGCGCUGCCUCUCAACUUCCCCAAGCUCAGAUCAGUUGCGCCGAAGCGCCGUUAG